AUGCCUGAUCAGAUUGCUGACAUGCUUUCGAGGAUACGUAACGCGACAUCCGUCCGACAGGCGCGUGUUGACGUGCCGGCCUCGAGACUCAAGCUCGAGAUCUCGCGAAUCCUCCAGAGCGAAGGAUAUGUUCAGGGGUUCAAGGUCGUCGAGGUGCCGGGUCGGCGUGGGACACAGCCGAGGAAGAUGAUCCGCAUCGCUCUGAAGUACGGCCCCCGCGGCCAGCGCGUGCUGUCGGGACUCGAGCGCGUGAGCCGUCCGGGUCGCCGGGUGUACUUCGCGCGGGACAAGGCCCCACCCGUGCUGGCCGGCUUGGGGACGAGCAUCCUGACGACUGCGCGGGGUGUCAUGACCGGUCGCGACGCCGCGAAGGUUGGCGUGGGUGGCGAGGUGUUGUGCAAUGUCUGGUAG